AGAUGCUCAGAGCCUGGAGGUGUUUUACAACCGCAACCAGCAACUCAAGGAGCAGAACAGAACCCUGCGGGACACCAUCAGUCAGCUGGAGGAAAGGCUUGGAGCAGGAGGCUGCGAUCGAUGCAACGUCUUAGUGGAGCAGCUGAAGAUCACCCAGGAUCACAAUCUUCAGGUCGUCUCUAAACUGGAGGAGGAGAGAAACAUCCUGCAGGAUGAAAACAGGAAACUAGAAGCUGAACUCCAAACGUUGAAAACAUCUCUAUCAUCAGAGUCCAGCCGGACCUCGUCCCCGGAGCAGGAAGAAGGAGUCAUCCCAGAUUCGCCCACGAUGCCGAGCUCGCUGCCCGCGGCGAGCAAACUGAGGAAACGGAAACACGGAGACAAAAAGAAACACGUUCGUUACGCAGAGACGCCUCUGCAGCGGUGCGGCGGCGCGCUCCUCCACGAGCUAAACAAAGAUUCUGCUGGAAGUGAGAAGAAUCCUGGGAGAACAGAGGUGCUGGUACYAAACACCUGCGUACUGGAUGCAUCCCAGAUCCACAGUGAGCAUCACGAGGAGGCGGAGCCUGUUGCAGAAACUUGUGGCCUGGACCUUCAUGACGACGUGAUUUUCCUUCAGAAGACAGAAGCAGCUCCGAGUCGCAGCAGCUCCAAGAGAACCUGGAAGCACAAACUUAGUUCCUGUCCAGGCUCCGCCUCCGACAGAUCUCCUUCUCUCCUCCCGCGGGUCAGAGGAUUCUCAGAGGACAGUUCUGUUUGCAAACGGAAAAAGGAGGAAAGCGAUCCAGAGGCUCCACAAGGCGGCGACGCAGGAGUCCGAGAGGGCGAACAUGUAAAGCGUGACCUCAUCGACCAAAACACGGCGUCUGAGGGUCAACGGAGCCUCAAGGAACGGCCGGAGAGCAAGGUGGAGUCGGCCCAGAAAGACAAUUCCUGCCACACAUCAGAUGUUUCCUUUAGAAGUCCUUCUUUCAAGAAGCCUCAGAGUAAAAUAAAAGCAGCUGAGGGGAAGAGGAGAACUCCUCUGCAGGAUCUGAACGCUGCUCACAAACAGUCUGAAGGAAAAGACGCUGGUGGGAGGAGCACCGUGGAGCCGGCGUGGAGCGUCGACCCCGCUCUGUCCGUGUUCGACAGCGAGCAGGAAGAAGACGAGGACGUGGAGGGGCGGAGUCACGUGGACCUGGCGGACACCGACUGCACUUGGGUGAGUCACAGCGUCCUGCAGCGUCAACGAGAAGACAGUCAGGAUGGWGGAGAGGAGAAGUCUGGGCUGGGUGAGAAGGCUAACAACAGUUUGGACAUGAUGUUUGACACGACGGCUUACGGGACGUACAAAUCCCACCACAGUCCACACUCAGACCAGGAUGGUGACGAGGAGGAGGAAGGUGACAGAGAUCCUGGAGAAACGGCUGAAUGUCCGAGUAAACCAGGACAGCCGACGUUUAAAUAUAUGGCAGUGGUUCGAAAAAAGGACGAGAGGAAGAAACUGAAGGGCACCACCUGCAAGGAGUGUGAGAACUAUUACUCCCACCUGCCUGAGAAGGAGAAGCAGAAGAAGUUGUCCACCUGCUCCAGGCACCGCUUCGUCUACCUCCCCCCCAGCACUCCUGAAAACUUCUGGGAGGUCGGGUUCCCGUCGACACAGACCUGCAUYCAGAGAGGCUACAUCAAGGAGGAGAAGAAGCCUCAGGCUCGUUUACGGAGGAGACAACCGUUCAACGCUUUGUUCUCCCCGAAGCCAAACAAAUAGAGAGAGAGAGAACGGUUCCUUCACUGCCGGAGAUCAGGGAACAACACAGCAUCUCGGUGGACCUGGUCCUACUCGGRUCUGACCCGGCCCAGUCGAGCUGAAGACCGGACGUCUGACUGAGACUCCGCCCACAUCCAUUAUAUCGAAAACCACACGAGGCCGCGCCAACCCGAGGCUGGACAACAAAACGGUUUCUGUUUACGUUCACACUUACCAACGCAGACAAGAUGGCAGAGAGCCCAGCUGUACCCGCUGUGGUCAAACUGUAAACAAAACACAAAGUGAAACAAGCCGCGCCUCUGAAAUGUGAUUCAUGUUGAACAGUUUGUUACCCGAGGGUCAGACGGGGCCAGGUUAACGGCCGACAGCAGCAUCAGAAAGACACUGAAGGAGAAUUAAAAAUAAAUAAAAAUAAAAAGCAGCAUUUGUUUUGUUAAGCAAAUAUAAAACCGUUUCACAGCAAACAUCACAUUUUCAUUUUGAUUAACUUAAAAACGUCAUUUUAGUUUAUUUCUAAUUCAUUAAUUCAGCCAUUUUUACCAUUUCUCCUACAAAAGAUGAGCCACAAAAAUACUUAAAAUAAAGUUUAAUAACGUGUCGUUAUUUCAUUCAAGAGAAAUUGAGUUUAAAUGAGAAAAUUUCACAAACCUUUAAUUUUACUAAGCUACAUUCCUUGCUGCUUUUUGAUACUUAAAUGUCUUUUUUUUAAAUAACUUGCUAUAUGUUGUCUUGUGAUGUUUAAAAAUCCAGUAUUUUUCAAUAAAUGUGCAAAACUGAUUUUA